UAGGCCCAAAAUGUGAUUGCUUUCUGUGAUUAACGUCUAUAAGGAGUUGCAUAUGAAGUAUGAGAAAUUUGGCCAAAAAAAAAGGCAAACUUGUUGAAUGGCGCACUUAGAAGAAAACAGAUGACUUGGGUUUUAUAAAUGAAGGUGCUAUAAUGUUAAUUCAUAAAAGAUACAUUCUUUGGUGCCCAUUGCUUCAAUGGAGUCCCCUUGUAAUGAAACACAGGUUUCUAGCAGGAUUGAUGACCGAUCAACCAGUGAUGUGGUUGUGAGACUACGAACGCAGGAUGGCCGAGAUGAAUGGAUAUACUGUCACGCCCUCAUACUAACACAAAAAAGCAAGUAUUUUGCUGACCGCCUCUCUGAGAAUUGGCCAACAUGUCAAAUCCUAGACUCACGCAACUGUGUUGACGUUUAUUGUCUUGAAUCUAACUUUGACUACCAUGUCAAUGUUCUACGCCUUCUCUAUGAUGUCAUAGAUGGCUCAGUGGAUGACAUGUGGCAUGGUGUUCGAAAUGCCCUUGGUAUACUCCAGGUGGCUGUUGAGCUUGGUUGUCCACAAAUUGUUACUGCUUGUGUGAACUAUUUGGAAGCUAUCCCUUGGGAAGAGGCUGAGGAGGAGGAAAUUCUAAGAAUCAUACCACAUAUGGGAUCACAAGCAGAGCCCAUUCUUGCCCGUCUCCAACCUGUCAAUCCAUCAGCUAUAAUGGGGAUAUUUCUCUCAACCAUUCGAUUUGCCACAUCAUCCCCUCCUCCAUCCAUGAAUGAUCUUAAAUCUUCAGCCCAGGAGCAGCUUGAAUACAUGCUAACUGAAGAUGAUGAUGCCCCUCUAUUAACUGCUGAUGAGGAGAUAAAAUUGGAGGUGAAAGAAUGUGUAAAGAGACUGUUUUCCAGAUUCAACCAUAUAUUAGAAGCUUUGUUAUGUGAACAUGUAGAAUCAGUUUGUGAGGCAGGAGUCAUGCAGUCAUUUCAAUCCCAUCUAUCUGAUUUGUCAUGGGCUGGUCAGAUAUUGAAUAAGCUGGAAAUUAUGAAAGAAUUUGUCAACAACUGGAUUGAUGCAUCAGAUAAGAUAGUCAAGGUUGUUGAGCAAGCAAGUCCAACAGCUGAAAUUACUGAGACAAAGUCAAAGAUUAUUGAAGUUGCAGCAAAAGUUUUAGAGGCAAUAGGGUAUGGAACAGUUAUAUUGCCAACCACAAAACGGCUUCAUGUGGUAAAAGUGUGGCUUCCAUUCGUGAGAGUUACAAAACCUGUGAUUGAUUCUGUCACAACUAAUGGUGACGAUGCUAUGACAAUCAAAAUAGAUGGUGAGCUGUGGCAAUCCUUGGAAUCCACAUUUGUUUCGAUAAUUCUUGCAUUGCCAUCCAAGGACCAAGCAGAGAUUUUAAAUGAAUGGUUAGGAAAUGAACAUAUUUGCUAUCCCGACCUGACAGAGGCAUUUGAGGUGUGGUGUUACAGAUCCAAGGUUGCCAAGAGAAGACUAUCGUUGGUCAGUGGCAACAAUGGUAUAACCAAAACACUUUGACCUUUUUGCAUAUUUUUGUUAGGGCAUUGACUUGUGCACCCUUCUAGCAAUCAAAAGCAUCUAGAAAGAAGAAAAUCCUUACAUAGAUGAGAAAAUGAUUCAGAAGGAAACUGUUGCUAAAUAGGGGGAGUGUCUAAAUUAGGGGCACCUGCUUUGAAUUCCUUGUUCAAUGUAUAAUUGCACUUUUUUACUUUUAGGGUAUUGUAAAUCAUAUGUAGAUCUUGUUUACAAGUAAACAUUGUAACUGUUAAGUUGUUGAUUUUGUGGAGUUGCUGAAAUCAUAGUAUGAAAUUUACUUAGACUGGUUUUGAUUGUAA